UUUAUAAGCUGGGACACAAACUCCUCACUGCGUCAGUUAGUGCUGCAGGUCAUCCGGACCUCCUCUCGACCCGGGACCAGACUCCAAACCUUAAAACUUUAAACCUUAAAACUUUAAAUCUUAAAACUUUAAAUCUUAAAACUUUAAACCUUAAAACUCAAAAUCUUAAAACUUCAUCAUUUUUAAUCUCCUGAUCUCUCAGGUUAACAGAGUCCAGCUUCCCGUUACUUUAGUGUUCCUCAGUCUGUCCCAUCAUGACUGUCCGGUUCGUCCUCUGCCUAAUUGCCCUCCACUUCUGCCCGUAUCUGGGGUCCGAGGCGCGGAUAACCAAACGGCUCGCCAUCGGCUGCCCGGAGAAGUGCGACAAGUCUCAGUGCUCCCCGAUCCCCGCGGACUGUCUGUCCGGAGACGUGCUGGACCGGUGUGACUGCUGCCCGGUGUGCUCGUCCGGAGAGGGCGAGCAGUGCGGCGGAACCGGAGACAGUGAGUGUGCCGAGGGGAUGGAGUGCGUGGUGACCGGCGGCGUGGAGGUGUCCGCCACCGUCAGGCGGAGGGGCCAGGCCGGUGUGUGCGCAUGCAGCAGCUCCGAGCCGGUGUGCGGCAGCGACGGGGUUUCCUACCGGAACAUCUGCGAGCUGAAGCGCGUGAGCAACCGGGCGAUGAAGCUGCAGCAGCCGCCUGCGAUCUUCAUCCAGAGAGGAUCCUGCGGGAAAGGUCAGCAGAACCCUGACAGUCUUCGUCUCAAGUACAACUUCAUCGCCGAUGUGGUGGAGAAGAUCGCUCCAGCUGUGGUUCAUAUCGAACUUUACCGCAAGAUGGCGUUCACCAAGCGAGAGGUGGCGGUCGCCAGCGGCUCGGGGUUCGUGGUGUCAGAGGACGGACUCAUCGUCACCAACGCCCAUGUGGUCGCCAACAAACACAGAGUGAAGGUGGAGCUGAAGAGUGGCGCCACAUUCGACGCCAAGAUCAAAGAUGUGGACGAGAAGGCGGACAUCGCUCUGAUCCAGAUUGAUGCACCGGUGAGCAAAAAGAGAGAGAGGGAGGGGGUGGGGGGAGGGGGGCGUCCUUCCUUCUGAUUGGUUCCUGGUUCU